AUGCAGUCGCAGGAGUUAGAGUUCUCACUACGCCUGAGUGGAAGACACGUAACGGGAAGUUUUGAGUCCAGUUUUAGGUUUUUACGGGAAGAGGAUGCAGAUGUUCUGAGGAUCCGCAGCGGUUCCUUGAGUCCAGAACCGGAGAACAAAGAGAGAUGGCUCAAGAUGUCUUAUGAGACUGAAAAAACUUGCCUGCUGGCUCCACAAGAAUCACAAACGCCAUGUGGUUGCCACAAAUAUGAAAUCCCAGGAAUGGGAGAGGACAGUGUUUUAGAAAUGCUGAGCUACUCCAAAUUCUCUGAUCUGGAGACGUGGCUGUGUAUGCCCUCUACUAUGUUACCCAGGAGCCGGGAUUCAGUUUGCUCCUUGCCGCCACCGUCCCAUGAGAAUGGCACUGGAGACACAGGCAAAGAGUCCAGGCCCCUGGAGAACAAGUCUAUCCAUCUGAGCCAGUGCCAGGAGAGGAAAACCCAUCUAUUGCCACCCUCCUCGCUCCUGCCAGGUUCAGCCUCCCCUCAGUCCUCAUCGCCCCUGCGGACCACCUCAACUCCUCUGCCCAAGCCCACCAGAGACUCCUGUCAAGGUGGCGUGAGUGUGAGGAAACGCCGGCGCCUGGCAGCCAGCCCCGGAGGACUGCACUGGGACGUUUCAGGGUCAGUGCUGCGUGACCAUGACCGAGGGGAGACGUCGUCACUGUCGGAAGUGAAGCGCUUCCCUCGGAGUGUGGAUUCGGAGAGUCGUGUCCCAGAGCCUUGGAGGGAAAGAGUGCCUCUUAGGAAGACCAUAUCCGUCGAUGACCGCCUUCUCCAGCAAACGCCUAGAGAACAUCACAGACUCCUCAGCCGAAUAGAGAGGGGCAAGAAGAAACUCAGGAACAUUAAUAGUCUUGGAGCCACCGGCAGAUACGAAACCCAUAAAAAAUCUGAGAGUAGGAUCUCCCGACUGGCUCAGAGACUCAACCAGAGGCAGAGCGAUGCUGCGCUGAUUAAGGAUUUCAGACCCCUCUUCCUUCUCUCUGGCUCUCCGGGAAGCUUUCAGAGCUUGGACAGGAACUUCCCCAUUAGUAUGACCCAACAGAUGCAGAACCUGCAGCUGACACAGAGUAAGAAGGGGGCGGGACCCGCCUCCCCCAGUGCUGCCAAGCGCCUCUACCGAAACCUCUCUGAGAAGCUCAAGGGGAGCCACUCCUCCUUUGAGGAUGCCUACUUUUUUGGCCGAUCCGACCGUAUCCGCAAAGUCUCUAAUAUUCAGAGCAGUGAGGCUCUGUUUGAGGCUGUUGAACAGCAGGACCUGGAUGCCGUGCAGAUCCUGCUGUUCCAGUAUACAGCUGAAGAACUGGACCUCAACACUCCCAACAGUGAAGGCCUGACACCUCUGGACAUCUCCAUCAUGACCAACAACGUCCCCAUAGCCAAACUGCUGGUCAAAGCAGGAGGGAAGGAGAGCCCUCACUUUGUCAGUUUAGAGAGCAGAGAUGCCCAUCUCUCAAUGCUGGUGCAGGAAGCUCAAAGGAGAGCCAGCGAGCUGUCCACCCAGGUGAUGAGAGAGAGUCUCAGCCUGGAAACAUCUGACAAGGAAAAACAGCUCAAAUCUUGGGAGUGGAGAUGCAAACUCUACAAGCGAAUGCGCACGGGAUUCGAGCAUGCACGACCACCAGAGGCUCCGUUGAUGGUGUGUCUUAGUGUGACCGGCAGCACGUCUCUCACUGUUAGCUUUCAGGAACCUGCCAGCAUGAACUCGGCUGUAGUGACCAAAUACAAAGUGGAAUGGAGCUGUUUGAAGGACUUCUCUUUAUUAGCCGGAGAGAUGAUCCUCGAGAAUCUGCAGUCCCUGAAAUGCACAAUAUCAGGUCUUACCACGGGUAGACAAUACAACGUUCAAGUCUCCGCCUACAAUAUGAAAGGCUGGGGUCCGGCACAACUCUCUCAACCUCCCUCUGCUGUUCCCUCCAACUGGAAGGACUGCGAUGGGAGAGAGAGCAGGAGAGGUCACAUUGAGGCUAUGGAGAGGCUUUUACAACAGGUUCGAGCCACACACCAGCACUUCUGCUGUGGAGACACAUCAAAGUUGCAGAAUCCAAGUCGUAAACAGUCAAUGUCCCGGAGCCUGAAACACCUUUUUCAUUCCUCUACUAAAUUUGUCAAGAGUCUCAAAAGGGGAGUUUAUAUAGCAUCAAUGUACUAUAAUACUACUUUGUUGUACUGCUCAUUGCUAGUGACUAAUGAGGAUCAGAUCCCCAUAGUGGAGGUGGACGACUCAUACAGCAGCUCCCUCAUGCAGGACUUUCUGUGGUUCACCAAGCUGUCCUGUAUGUGGGAAGACGUCCGGUGGCUGAGACAGAGCCUGGCAGUCUCCACCUCUUCCUCUUCCACUCUGCAGUCCAGACAGAAGAUGCUGGCGGCCGCGGGCCAACUGCAGAAUCUUCUGGGCAGUCACAAUUUGGGCCGAGUCCACUAUGAGCCCAUUAAGGAUCGUCAUGGGAAUGUGCUGCUUGUGACAGUGAGGGAGAUGGAUAGCCUUUAUUCCUUUUUCAACGGGAAAUGGAUGCAGGUAUCCAAACUGCAGAGUCAGAGGAAGUCUCUGUCCACUCCUGAGGAACCUUAUGCCCUGGACAUCCUUCUCAUAACCAUACAGGACAUUCUGGCCUAUCAGAGACGAAGUCAGCACCGGCUGUCCUCAGGGCUUUAUCUGGGUUACCUGAAGCUCAGCAGCUCUGUGGACCAGAUCAAAGUUCUGGUUCCUCAACGUAUGCCCAACAUGCUCUGCCACACCAAGAUACGAGACAACUGGAAUGUGUCAAGGGAUGAGUGGGAAUGGCUGCAGUCACUGUCUGGCCCUGUGGAGGUGGAAACAGCAGAUCAGGCUACAGACUGCCUCCUCUUCUCUGAGCUCCAGACGGCCAUUAAGGGUCUGCUGCACCAGAUCAAUCUACCUCUCCACCAGGCCAAGCACUUCCGUCUCUACACACACGAGGUGUUGGAGCUGGGUCACAAUGUGUCCUUUCUUCUGCUGCUGCCUGCCUCAGACGACGUUUGCUCUGCCCCGGGACAGACCAACCCCUACACACCACACUCGGGGUUCCUCAACCUCCCUCUUCAAAUGUUUGAGCUCGUUCACUUCUGCUCAUAUAAGGAGAAAUUUAUCAGUCUUUACUGCCGGCUGUCCUCAGUGCUGGACCUGGACGCUCUAAUUACCCAGCAGGCUUUUAGAGAGGCCAUCACUGACUCAGAGGUGUCCACAGCCAAACAGAGACAUCAGCACAUAUUGGACUACAUUCAGCAAUUGGACGAGAUGUGGCGAGACGUCCGCUGGAUCACCAAUGCCCUGCAGCACGCCCGCUAUAAACAGCCUCUCGGUUGGGUGCCUAUCACCUGGCUAGUAGAUGUCAGCGUGGAGCCUCCUGUCCAGAAGAAUGACUCCAUGUCCUCUAACACAGACUACGUGCCCACUCCCUCGCCCUCUCCAGAAAUGAGGAGACGAAAGCCCACAAUCGAGUCCCAACCAGGUUCAGAUGAAGAGGGCUGUUCGGAGGUCUUUCUCCCCACAGACAGUGACUACGACUCCAGUGACGCUCUGAGCCCUCGUGACCUGGACUUAGUUUACUCCUCAGCCCAGGAUCUCUCCCAUCAGGCUGUGCACGUCCUCAGCGGUAGCGCUCCUGAUGUUCUUCAGCUGCAUGAUCUCAAAUACAGUGCUUGCUCCAAGUCCAUCCUGGAAACCGAAUCGUGCACCAAGGACAUGGAGGACCUAUCGCUGUCUACAUACUCUGUGAAGACCACAGACAAAUGUAUAAGGAGGUGUCGUGGAGCUCUGGCAACAGACCCACAACUGAGAAUGGGUCUUUGGGUUCUAUCGCGACCCGCGAGGAUCAAUGAGACGAGCCAGGUGAUUCUCAGUUCGGCGCCCGUCACCAGAAACCAUGCGGAUCCUCAGACACCAGGACUCCGGAUUCAGACGCGAGGAGCCCGCGAGCUCAAAAAGGAGACCGGAUCCGGCUGA